AUGUCUAGUGAAAGAGCUUGUAUGCUAUGUGGUAUAGUGCAGACCACAAAUGAGUUCAAUAGAGAUGGUUGUCCUAACUGUCAGGGUAUCUUUGAAGAGGCGGGUGUUUCUACUAUGGAAUGUACCUCGCCAUCUUUCGAAGGUCUGGUUGGAAUGUGUAAGCCUACUAAAUCGUGGGUAGCAAAGUGGCUGAGUGUGGAUCAUAGUAUAGCUGGAAUGUACGCCAUCAAGGUCGAUGGUAGGCUACCAGCUGAGGUUGUGGAGCUGUUGCCUCAUUACAAACCAAGAGACGGUAGCCAAGUUGAAUAA